AUCGAAUUUUAUGAGAAAUUUUGAUUCUACUUUUACUUCUGUUUCCCAUGAAUGUGCAGGUAAAUCCGUUUGCAGGGAUGAAAUAAUUUGUGGAAGCAGUAUCCGUCCUGUGUUGAAGUAAGGAUGUCUGAGGUAUUGCCAUUAGGAUUCAUAGCUAAUAUAGCAACAGUACAAAGUCUGCUAGAUCACCUGGAAUCCAACGAUGCCCCCAGAAUUAUCCAAAUGCUACGCACUGACCUGUUCACUCCUGUCAGUGAAGGAGUUCUACUCAGGCUCGUGCACGAUUACCCCAGUCAAGUCACAAACAAACUUCUUGUUGCAUUAGUUCCCCCACAUAUCCGAGAACUCGUCCUUAGAAAAUGUCUCAAUAUCUCCGCUUCAGGUCUUGAGAACGUGCUUCGAAAAUGCCCACAUCUCAACAAACUGGAUCUGACUGGUUGUGACCAUUUAAUUCUACCCAGAUGUUUUAAGAUGGCUGGUAUCUUGGCACCUCAGCUCACGUCAUUGAGUGUUGAAGGAUGCCCCGCAGUAUCAAACCACAUUGUAAAGGUUAUCCUUAAAUGCAAUAGAAACUUGAGACAUCUCAACUUGUCAUGCUGCGACAAUAUCACUGAUGACGUGUUUCUUUUAGAUAAAACCACACAACUGUUAAGGAGCUAUAAACAUUGGAAUGGUGAUGAUUUUCCAUGUAAACUGACCAGUGUUGAUAUCUCCCAAUGUGAUAACAUUACUAGUCUAGCAAUACGACACCUAACUACACUUUGUGGGCCUCAUCUCCAACAUGUAGACAUGGCCUGGACUAGUGUUGAUUGUACAGCAUUGUGGUAUUUGGCUGGUUAUAGUCUGGACUCUGCUGCAAAACUAGUCUCAGUUGCUGAAAAACACAAGGAUGUCAACAUCAACAGUGUUGAAAGUCUUUCAGAACUCCUCGAAAAAGUUGAACAACCAAACCCUAAAGUUAAUGUGAGUCGUACUCAGAAUCUAGAACAGCAUGUGGAUGCUCUGUCUACUGAUGCGGGUGUCAGUGACAAAACUUCAUAUGAUGAUAGUGCUGACCAUGGCCUCGCUAUGGGUUAUGAUGAGAUGGACAACGCUAUCAAUGAUGCUGGGAAUCCUAUAGGGAUUGAUACUGAAAGCAUUGAAUUGGCAGGUAAUGUUAAUGAAACAAAUACUGCUAGCGCCCAUUGUGAGACUAAAGCUCUUGACCUUGAAGCCAGUCAUAGAGACAACAAUUUAGAAGAGUGUACCACGGAACCUAGUCAUACUGAGAAUACUGAAACAUUCGUUAAGGACAUAAGUACUGAUGGCACCAGUAAAAGCAUAGAUCUAAAUGACAUUGUUUUUGACUGUAAUGAAAAAGAGAAUGCAGUCAGACACAAUAGCAGUUUAGAUGCACAAAAAGAAAGCAUCACAUUUUCUAGUGAUAACAAGGAUUCAAUGGAAAAUAACCCUAACAAUGGUAGUGAUACUACAUCUGACUGCAGCCCAAAUGAUACAUCACAGGACCAAGAUAUUACUGAUAACUGUGUUCAUAGAUAUGUUAGUAACAUUCUUAAAACUGCUGUUGAAAGUCUAGUUACAAAACAUAGAACAGAUGAAGGACUUAAUGAGAAGUCAGGUAAUGGAAAUGGUAACAGUGAAAGUACCAAAGCUUUUGAUGUUCAAGAUAAAACUGCUCAAGCUAAAUAUGCUCAAACUGAACUAACUUCAUCCUUCAGCAAAUUAUGUGAUACUGAUGAUGCAUGUAAUGAUUCAAAUGAUGAAAUAAGUGAAACAAAAGACACUGAAUGUGAAUUCAAAGACACAGUUGGUGUUUCAAAUGAUACCAAAAGUGACUUGAAAGACGAUGCAUGUAAUGAUUCAAAUGAUGAAAUAAGUGAUACAAAAGACACUGAAUGUGAAUUCAAAGACACUGUUGGUGUUUCAAAUGAUACCGAAAGUGACUUGAAAGAUGUUGCAUGUAAUGAUUCAAACGAUGAAAUAAGUGAUACGAAAGACGCUGUUGGUGAUUCAAAUGAUGACAUAGGUGAUUCAAAAGACACUAAAAGUGACAUUGUAGGUGGUAAUUUAGAUGCCAUGACCAGUGAUUCAAAGGAGACUGUAAUUGAUUCAAAUGAUCCCACCCUUGAUUUAACAGACAUUGACUCCAAACUACUUAAAAACAACAUCACUAAAGUACAACAGCUCUACAAACCUUGCCUCAAAUCUGUCAACCUCUGCCAUAUAGAAUUCAGUGAUAGAAACAUGUUGCUGAUUUCAAUAUGCAUAAAGACAUUUAUACGGGAGAAUCGGGACAUUGAGAGUCUGUAUAUAUCCUGGAGUGGUCUCCAUGACAACAUGUUGCAGUAUUUAACCAAUCACACUGAACAUCUAAAAUUCCUAGAUUUGAGUGAGUGCACAGGACUUUAUGAUGGUAUAGCCAGUCAGGGAAUAGCCUCAUUGGGAACCAGAUGUCCCAAUAUACAGCAUCUGAUUCUGAGAGGGAUCAACUUUAUCAAUGAUGUAGUACUUCUCCCUUUGUUGCCAAAAUUGCGACUCUCGACGUUGAGUUUAUCAGAAACUGAUGUGACUGAUAGAACGCUUUUCCUCUUAGCGAGAUACCAGAGUAAAAUUUUGACCAACCUGGACCUAUCGUGGUGCGAAGAAUUGACGGAAACCGGGCUGAAUGAAAUUGUGACAAAAUGUACCUACCUUGAGGUUCUAAGUUUGCGUAAGCUCCCAGCCUCCAAAGUCACACUAUUCAAGAUGGCAAAACAUUGUCGUUACCUGAGUAGCUUAAAUCUAUCAGGAUUAAGGGGGAUAGAUGACACAGCAAUCGUUAGUUUGGUGUCAAGGUUACCUCAGCUAGAGAAGGUUGAUAUCAGCUGGAAUUCUGGUGUCACAGAUGCAUCUAUCAAUGUGCUGUUCUCGAGGUGCAGCAAACUAGAAGAGUGUAUUCUGUCUGGUAUCAAACUGAUUACAUCUAAACCAUUGCUGCACAUUAUAGCAAAUUAUAACAAGUGGUUCAGAUGUAAAAAGCUACUACAGUUGAAACUUCAGGAGAGGAAAAUCUUAGGAGAGGAUGAACAUUAUUCCAGUGAUGAGGAGUUUGAAGACCUCUUCUACCCACAUCGAUCAACAACAUAUGUUCCAAAUCUAAAGAAACUCCAACUAGAAUACUGCGACAAAAUAAAUGAUAUCCAUCUUGCCGAGAUUGUUGCUGUGUGCAGAGGGUCUUUAGAAAUUAUUGACUAUUAUUCAGAAAAAGUAAAACCAAAGUGGCUGACACCUUUACAUCUAAAACUGCUUCCUGGUUGAUUUUUGGUUGUACAUGUUAAAGAUGAAGUAAAUUAUAACUUCUAAACCUCUAUUCUGCGGACACCUCCUUAAAUGGAACAGUUUUCAGAGUCGUGUUACCU